AUGGCAAGAGAUCUAACUUACAAUGCUCCCAAAAUAAGAUUUGUUGAUUCUGAAGGUCAUGAAGAAAAUUUUCAAUUUUCAAAUAAUAAUUCAACAACGGAUUUAAACAGUCAAUCUUCAACUGUAAACAACAACAACAACAAUCAAAUACAAAAUCCAUUUUCUGAUCAAUCGAAUACAAAUAGUUCAGAUUCAAUACAAUUUAAUGUUUCAACUCCAACAAAUGAUAGAUUUCCUAAUAACCAACAACAACCUAUAAUAAACUAUAGUGAAACAAAUUCAAUAUAUUCAGAUUCUCCAAAUACUACUCAAAGAUCACAAUUUCAACCUUUAUUAAAUUCAACUUAUAGACAAUCUUCUCCAAUUCCAGUUCCAAUAUCAAAUGAAAGUAACAACAACCUUAAUAAUAAUAAUUCAAUAAUGACUCAACCUUCUGGAUUAGAUAGAUAUCCAAAACAUGUUCAACCAUCAUCGUCAACUUCACAACAAAGUAUUUCUUUUCAAAAUAGCAAUAUUACAAAAGAUAUUAAUAGUUCAAUAGAUAAUAAUUCAAAUUAUUCUUCAUCACUGUUCACUCAAAAUUCAAGUAAUGAAUUAAUGGGAAUUUAUGAUAAUUCACAAGAUUUUAGUCCUUUUGGUGGAUAUCCUGCAAGUUCAUUUCCUUUAAGUAUAGAUGAAAAAGAACCUGAUGAUUAUUUACAUAAUCCUGAUCCUAUCCAAGAUGCAGAAUAUGAUAAAAAUCGAUUCAUUUAUGAUUUGAAAAAUAUGGAUAAAAGAUCAAUGGGUGGUUUAAUUGGAUUUAUAAUAUUAUUAAUUGGUGCAUUGGCUAUAUUUAUUGUAUUACCAGUUUUCACAUUUGCUCAAUAUGGUUCAAAAAUUACAACUAUGAAAUAUGAAAUAUUAACUGAUUAUACUUAUCCAAUGUUGAGUGCAAUUAGACAAAAUUUAGUUGAUCCAGAUACUCCUGAAGAUGCAUUGACUUGGAUUUCAAAAGAUGGUGAUGAAUGGGUAUUGGUAUUUUCUGAUGAAUUUAAUGCAAUUGGUAGAACUUUUUAUGAAGGUGAUGAUCAAUUUUUUACAGCUCCUGAUUUUCAUUAUGCUGCUACUCAAGAUUUAGAAUGGUAUGAUCCAGAUGCUGUAACUACUGAAAAUGGUACUUUGAAUUUAAGAUUAGACGCUUUUAGAAAUCAUAAUUUAUUAUAUCGUUCUGGAAUGGUUCAAUCAUGGAAUCAAAUGUGUUUCACUCAAGGUAAAUUAGAAUUUCUGGCAAGAUUACCUGGUUAUGGUAAUAUCACAGGAUUAUGGCCUGGUUUAUGGUCAAUGGGUAAUUUAGGAAGACCAGGAUAUUUAGCAUCAACUGAAGGGGUUUGGCCUUAUACUUAUGAUUCUUGUGAUGCUGGUAUUACCCCAAAUCAAAGUUCUCCCGAUGGUAUUUCAUACUUACCAGGUCAAAGAUUAAAUAAAUGUACAUGUCCUGGUGAAGAUCAUCCAAAUCCUGGUGUUGGUAGAGGUGCUCCUGAGAUUGAUGCAUUAGAAGGGGAAAUUCAUGGAAUUAUUGGUAGAGUAUCACAAUCAUUACAAAUUGCACCAUAUGAUAUUUGGUAUUAUCCAGAUUAUGAUUAUAUGGAAAUUCAUAAUAGUUCAGUUACUUUGAUGAAUACAUAUACUGGUGGACCAUUCCAACAAGCAGUUUCAGGAGUUACAAUGUUAAAUACAACAUGGUAUCAAUUUGGAGAUAAUGCAAAUAAUUUUCAAAAAUAUGGAUAUGAAUAUUUAAAUGAUGAUGAAAAUGGAUAUUUACGUUGGUUUGUUGGCGAUGAUCCUACUUUUACAAUGCAUGCAAAGGCAUUACAUCCAAAUGGUAAUAUUGGUUGGAGACAACUUCCAAAAGAACCGAUUUCUUUAAUUAUGAAUUUAGGUAUUUCAAAUAGUUGGGCUUAUAUUGAUUGGCCAAGUUUAAUGUUUCCUUCAACAAUGAGGAUUGAUUAUGUUAGAGUUUAUCAACCUCCUGAUGCAAUUAAUGUUGGUUGUGAUCCUGAUGAUUAUCCAACUUAUGAUUAUAUUCAAAAUCAUUUAAAUAUCUAUCAUAAUAUGAAUUUGACUACUUUUGAACAAGGUGGUUAUACUUUCCCAAAACAUAAAUUAACCGGAUGUUAA